GUAUUUUAAACAUCGAUCUAAAAUCUCUUAAAUCGGUUUUAAAUUCUUUAUAUGAAAAAAGUCAAUGAAUAUUAUAGAACAUUCUGUUUAAAAUUAGCCUUUCGCUGGUAUAAAACGAUCCUUUCGCAAAUUAACACGGUCACCCUUGUGUUUGUUUAUUUACUUAUCGACUUUUUAAUGUUUUGCGAAUAUAAAACGGAGUAGUUUGUAGCAUUGUUUAUUUUUUUUUUAAUACAAAAUAAUUUCUAUUAUUUCCUUGAACGUUUUGAAAAUAAUACGAAUGUUUGCAGCUAUGUCAGUUGCUAAAGCAUUUAAUCGAUCUACCGGCAGCAAAAGAACCACACGUACAUGUAUUCUGAAGCCUUUUUCAUCGGAAUGCACUUCAAUUAAUUUAUGUCCAGGGAAGCAGAUUAUAGGACGAUCAUUGGAUACGGGAAUAGAGGAUGUACGUUGUUCUAAACGCCAGUUGGAGCUAGAUGUUGACUUGGAAAGUCCGCACAUUAAGCUGCGUGUUAUUGGUAUGAAUCCUUGUAGUGUUAACGGUAUGAUGUUGAUGCAAGAAAGUAAAUGUAAAUUAGAACAUGGCGAUGUCAUUGAACUCGUUUAUGGAAAACAUCAGUACGAGUUACAAUUUCAGCCGCCACCAAAAGAUAUAAAAAGUGAGACAAAAAACGAAGGUAAUGUAUCCCAAAUAGAAAAUACAAUUGGUUCCGGGAGAUGGGAGAGUUCAGAAAAUGGUGCUAUGAUUGUGUACACCGAUGAUGCCGUAAAGGCGUCUGACAAAAUUGCUGGAUAUGAUGUUGACGGCACGAUUAUUACAACCAAGUCUGGCAAUGUUUUCCCAAAACAUACAGAUGAUUGGCAAAUACUAUAUGCUGAAGUACCAAAAAAGUUAAAAUUGCUACACGAAAGCGGUUACAAAAUUUGCUUUUUCACCAACCAAGGCGGCAUAGGAAGUGGCAAAAUAAAAUUGGAUGAUUUCAAGAGGAAAACUAAAGAUAUACUAAAAAAGGUGGGCGUCCCCAUUCAGGUGUUUAUAGCUAUUGAGGAUGGGCAAUAUAGAAAACCACUGACUGGAAUGUGGAAGCACCUAGUGGAACAUAAAAAUGAUAAUAUUGGAAUAGAUUUAGGUAAGAGCUUUUAUGUUGGUGACGCUGCUGGACGACCUGAAAGUGGAAGCGGGAAAACUAAACGCAGGAAGGAUCAUUCUUUAGCUGAUCGAAGAUUUGCUGCUAAUAUUGGUGUUUCAUUUUAUACUCCCGAAGAACAUUUCUUGAAUAGACCAACGGAACAGUACCUAAAACCCGAUUACCAACCCAGCGAAGUCGUAACUAAUAUGAAUAUUAUUCCUUUACUAGAGCCAGACAAUGUAAAACUUCCUGCUGAUAAUAGUGAGAUGAUAAUAAUGGUGGGAUUACCUGGUUCAGGUAAAAGCUUCUUUUGCAAACAACAUUUGGAAAAACAUGACUACGUAAUCGCUAACGCUGACAAAUUGGGAACCACUCAAUCAUGUUUGAAAAUAUGUGAGAAAGCAUUAGCCGCUGGAAAAUCGUGUGUUGUUGAUAAUACAAACGUCGAUGUUGAGUCAAGAAAAAAAUUUCUAGCACUUGCUAAGCAGUAUAAUGUAUCAUGUCGAUGUUUCGUUAUGAACGUGCAGUUAGACCUUGUGCGGCAUAAUAUCAAAUACAGACAUUUAACAGACACUAACCAUUCAAAGAUAAAUGAAAUGGUUUUCAAUAUGAUGAAGAAAAAGUAUACAGCUCCGACCGUAGGUGAAGGUUUCACACACAUUAUUAAAGUGAAUCUGAAACCAAGUUUUCAAAGCAAAGCUGAUGAAGAACUAUACAAAUUAUAUUUAUUAGAAAAAUAAGUAAGGAUGGAAAUGCCCAAUAAUACUUAAAUAAAAUGUUUCUUAUUAACAGAACAGUUUUAAUCUAAGGUAAA